AUGCCAAUCCCUGGAUAUAAGACACUCAACACUUUGAAUUUGAGAUUGUGGAGUUCACAACCAGUUAAUGAAUUUGAUUUAGAAGGAUUUAAUGGAGAUGAAAAUAGCCAAAUUUAUUGGAAUGCACUUGACAAUCAACAAAAACAAGAAAAUAUUUGUAAAGUUCUUUAUCCAAAGAAUAAUCAUAUUAAAGGUCAAGAACUCCGUUUAAAACAAGAGUACUUCUUCUCUAGUGCUACUAUUCUUGAUGUAGUGAGAAGAUUUAAGAAGAUGAAAAAGUCUAUUGAAGAAUUCCCAGAUUAUAACUCUAUUCAAUUAAAUGAUACUCAUCCAGUUGUUGGGGCACUUGAAUUAAUGAGAGUAUUAAUUGAUAUUGAAGGAGUUGAUUUUGAAGAAGCAUUUGACAUUACUAACAAAACAUUCUCAUACACCAAUCAUACAGUUUUACCAGAGGCACUUGAAACAUGGCCAGUUGAUUUGUUUGGACAAUUGUUACCAAGACAUCUUCAACUUGCAUACCAAAUUAAUCAACACUUCCUUGAUUCAGUUAAGAAACAAUUCCCACAUGUUUCUGGAGAACAAUUAAGUAAAUUAUCACUUGUUGAGGAAAGUACACCAAAAAGAUUAAGAAUGGCAAAUCUUGCCAUUAUUUGUUCCCAUACCGUCAACGGAGUUGCUGCUAUUCAUUCACAAAUUCUUAAAGACUCACUCUUUAAUCAUUUCUAUGUUUUAUGGCCUCAUAAAUUUAUUAAUGUCACUAACGGAGUUACACCAAGAAGAUGGAUCAAACAAUGUAAUCCAGCUUUAAGUCAAGUGAUUACUGAAGCAAUUAAAACUGAUGAAUGGGUAUCUAAUUUAUCACUUGUCAAAGGUCUUGAGAAUGUAUUUAACCAUGAGUUGAUUGAAAAGUUCAUUCAUGUUAAACAACUUAACAAAGACAGAUUAAAGAGACUUGUUUUUAGAUUGACAGAUUCUAAAGUUGUAUUAGACAGAAAUGCAUUGUUUGAUGUUAUGGUCAAGAGAAUUCAUGAAUAUAAGAGACAAUUGUUAAAUCUCUUUGGUACUAUUCAUACAUAUCUUCAAAUCAAAAAGAUGACACCAAUGCAAAGAAUGAAACUUGUCCCAAGAGUAAAAAUCUUUGCAGGAAAAGCUGCCAUUGGAUAUGACAUGGCUAAAGGAAUUAUUAAGUUAAUUAACUCUGUUGCUGAUACUGUAAACAAUGACCCAGAAGUAGGAAAUUUAUUAAAGGUUGUUUUCAUUCCAAAUUACAGUGUUUCAUUGGCAGAAGUUAUUAUUCCAGCAAACGAUAUUAAUGAACAAAUCUCAACUGCUGGAUAUGAGGCAUCUGGAACUUCUUGUAUGAAGUUUGUUAUGAAUGGAGGACUUAUUGUUGGUACAUGGGAUGGUGCUAAUGUUGAAAUUGCAGAAGAAGUUGGAGAAGAAAAUAUGUUUAUGUUUGGAGCUAAGGCAUAUGAAGUAGCAGGAAUUCGUGCUAACCCAAUUCCAAUUAGUAAAGACCUUGCAGAAGUAUUAGCUGCUAUUGACAAUGGAAUGUUUGGUGAUGCCUCAAUUCACAAAUUUGUUAUUGACCAAUUCCGUGGAGGAAGUGAUUAUUAUUUGGUCUGUAGAGACUUUGACGGAUACGUCAAGGUCCAAGAACAUAUUGAUUCAGUUUGGAAAAACCCACAAGAAUGGACCACCAAAUGUAUUAGAUGUGUUGCUCGUAUGGGUAAAUUCUCAUCUGAUAGAUCUAUUGAAGAAUAUGCUUCAAAUGUAUGGAAUGUUCAAAAAUGUCCAUUACCAGUAGAUGUUGUUUCAACUACUGACAGUAAAUAA